UUUUGGCCAGAAAUCCGUGCAUUGAGUGGCUGGCUAUUCUGUGUGGCUAAGUACGCUAUUAGCUUCGGUCGCGUCGCUCCUCUCCUGCGCAUCCCAGUUGGCGUCAAAAGCGAGCAAUGGACCAGAUGUCCCAUUGUACGCGGUUGCGGCAAAGCGAUUUUGGUAGGCUUCCGCGUGCAACUCACCCAAAGUCCCCGAAGUUCUAUGCGCAUCGCGACACGUCCCAGACCUUCCUCCACCUCCUCUGGCCUCGAGCCGCUCUGUCCUUUCUCCACAAGCGCGUUCGUUCGUUCGGAAGUCGUUGGUCGAGAGUGGGCGUUGACAGUGAUAGAUGCGCAGAUGCGAGGGGAUCGU